GGGGGUUUCGAGAAACUUUGCUCACGAGUAUAUAAAGGCUGAAGAAGGCCCGAUGCUCAGCAGAUAAACCCAAAGCAGCGACGAGAAGUCAACACGAGAGAGCACAGCUCAACAAACUCAACGCAAACUCCAGUGGAGUAGAUCUCCAUACGCCAGAAGACUUUUUGCACAAUCAUCAAGAUGCCUGAGAACGCUGCACGGCCGAUGAUGGAGGAAGAAGCAGAGCCCUUCGCCUUCCAGGCUGAGAUCGCUCAGCUGAUGUCUCUGAUCAUCAACACCUUUUAUUCUAACAAAGAGAUCUUCCUCAGGGAGCUCAUCUCCAACUCUUCAGAUGCAUUGGACAAGAUCAGAUACGAGAGCUUGACGGACCCAAGCAAACUCGACUCAUGCAAGGACCUGAAGAUUGAACUCAUCCCUGAUCAGAAAGAGCGCACGCUCACAAUCAUCGACACCGGCAUCGGCAUGACCAAAGCAGACCUCAUCAACAACCUGGGCACCAUUGCCAAAUCCGGCACCAAGGCCUUCAUGGAGGCUCUGCAGGCCGGAGCGGACAUUUCUAUGAUCGGUCAGUUUGGAGUGGGUUUCUAUUCUGCCUACUUGGUGGCCGAGAAAGUCACGGUCCUCACCAAACACAACGAUGACGAGCAGUACAUCUGGGAGUCUGCAGCUGGUGGUUCCUUCACAGUGAAGACAGACUACAGUAUGAGCCCUCAUAAGUGUUUUAUUGUUUUUUUCAGUCUAAAACACUUCUCAGUUGAGGGCCAAUUGGAGUUCCGCGCUCUAUUGUUUGUACCCAGAAGAGCCUCUUUUGACCUUUUCGAGAACAAGAAGAAGAGAAACAACAUUAAGUUGUACGUGCGCAGGGUCUUUAUCAUGGACAACUGCGAGGAGCUCAUUCCAGAAUAUCUCAAUUUCAUUAAGGGUGUUGUGGACUCUGAGGAUCUGCCGCUCAACAUCUCCAGAGAGAUGCUUCAGCAGAGCAAGAUCCUGAAAGUCAUCCGCAAGAACCUGGUCAAGAAGUGUCUGGAGCUCUUCACCGAACUCUCCGAGGACAAAGACAACUACAAGAAAUGCUACGAGCAGUUCUCCAAGAACAUCAAGCUGGGCAUCCAUGAAGACUCUCAGAACAGGAAGAAACUCUCAGAGAUGCUUCGCUAUUACACAUCGGCUUCUGGAGACGAGAUGGUGUCCCUCAAGGACUAUGUGUCUCGCAUGAAGGACAGUCAGAAGCACAUCUACUACAUUACUGGUGAGACCAAAGAUCAGGUGGCCAACUCUGCGUUUGUGGAGCGCCUGUGCAAAGCCGGUCUGGAGGUGAUCUACAUGAUCGAGCCCAUCGAUGAAUACUGCGUCCAGCAGCUGAAGGAAUACGAUGGCAAAAACCUGGUAUCGGUGACCAAAGAGGGUCUGGAGCUGCCCGAGGACGAGGAGGAGAAGAAGAAGCAGGAGGAGAAGAAGGCCAAGUUUGAGAACCUGUGCAAGAUCAUGAAAGACAUUCUGGACAAAAAGAUUGAGAAGGUCACCGUCUCAAACCGUCUGGUGGCUUCGCCUUGCUGCAUCGUCACAAGCACAUACGGAUGGACGGCCAACAUGGAGAGGAUCAUGAAGUCUCAGGCCUUGAGGGACAACUCCACCAUGGGCUACAUGACCGCUAAAAAGCACCUAGAAAUCAACCCCGUCCAUCCCAUCGUCGAGACGCUCAGAGAGAAAGCAGAAGCUGACAAGAACGACAAGGCCGUGAAAGACUUGGUCAUCCUGCUGUUCGAAACCGCCCUGCUCUCCUCUGGAUUCACCCUGGAAGACCCACAAACACAUGCUAACCGCAUCUACAGGAUGAUCAAACUUGGUCUUGGCAUUGAUGACGAUGACUCUGCUGUAGAAGACAUUACUCAACCUGCUGAAGAAGAUAUGCCAGUUCUGGAGGGUGACGAUGACAGUUCUAGAAUGGAGGAAGUCGACUAAAGAGUUUUAGUGUAAAUAGCACUAAAUUGUAAUGUAUUUAUUGUUUUUGUAAUAAAAAAACAAUCUCCACAUCCCAAAGUGAACGUUAACAAGCCAAUUAAAUUUCUCCUAAUGUUUUUUUGCAUAGUUACUGUACCAGAAAAUGGAAUUUUCUGAGCUUUUCUAAUAUAAGCUGUUUUUUUGUUUUUUUUGUAAACCUGACUUGAACGUUUUU